CUUGAAUGAAACUUAACCUAAAUGAUGGCAAUAAAAAAAAAACUCAAUGACAUAUAACUCGUGAUAAAAAUUUGGAAUUUUGGAUAUUUAGAAUUUGAGAUUUGUCAUCGAAGCUUAAGGCGACGUUAUGUAUCUUGUAUAAAAUGUUUGAGCAUUCAGUUAAAGUUCCCAGACAUUAUAAAGUAGCGGCAAAUAUAUUUAAAAAAGCUUAUACAGAAGGUGGCAGUGUAAAAACUUUAUUGUACGACGAAAAACUGAGGCAUUUUAGAACUAAUGUGCUUUACGCACUCAUAACGGAAACUAUUAAACAUGCUGUCGAUAUAGAAAAGAUGUUUGAAAGUUGUGAAAUUUUGACAAAAGAACCGCGCUUAGAUCCUUGGCUGGCAAAGAUAUUAGCCGCAGAGUUGCUUUUUGGAAAAAAGACAUUGCCGGGAAAAAGCAAACCUGAGCUAACGAUAUUGUCUUACAAAGAGCAGUUAGAGAAAAACAUACCAGAACAUCAGGAUGACUUGAAAUCUAAAGUUGUUCGCAGACCUCGUUAUGUGCGGAUCAAUACAAACCUCUUGGCCACUUCAGAUGCCAUUAGAGCCUUUCAAGAUGAAGGAUACAAGUUUAUCAGAUGCACGUCAGGAACCUACGAUGAUUAUUUGCAGCAAAUUCAAAGUCUAACAGAAUAUGACUUUACUCAAGAUUAUCAUGUCAAGACCAUGUUUGUAUUUGCACCAGGAACUAAACUACAUGAACAUGAUUUGUAUUUGGAAAAUCAAAUUAUAUUGCAAGAUAAGGCUACGGCCCUCGCCGUGCACCUCCUGGCGCCGCCAUCAGGAAGCACAGUGCUGGACAUGUGUGCAGCUCCUGGUAUGAAAACUACGCAAUGUGCAGCAUAUUUACGAAAUCAGGGAAAAGUUUACGCUGUCGAAAGAAAUGAAGACAGAUACAAAACACUUUGUGAUUUCGUGGAGAAAACUGGUUCAAAAUGCGUAGAGACCCUGCAUAAAGAUUCCCUUGAAAUAAAGAGGGGUGAUUGUGAAGAUGUUGAAUACAUUCUUCUGGAUCCAAGUUGUUCAGGAUCGGGUAUGGAUCUUCAUGUACACAAUUACAUUGAGGACACAAGAUUAGCUAGACUAACUUCACUUCAAGAAAAGUUUUUAAAGCACGCAAUGAAUUCAUUUCCAAACGCAAAACGUAUUGUAUACAGCACAUGUUCACUAUUUCCCGAAGAAAAUGAAAGAGUCAUAACUAACGUUGUUAAAACUUCGAGAGCAAAAUGGAGAGUUCAGGAUGUGAAAGAACUUCUAAAGGGUCAAUGGAAUAAUUUCGGUUCAGGAAUGUAUGGCAGCAUGGGAACCAGAUGUCUCUACGCUGUUCCAAAUUCAGAUUUUACUACCGGCUUUUUUUUAGCUGUCUUAGACAGAGAUCCUAGAGAUAUGGAAAAGUCGCAGGAAUCUAGUGCGGUAGACGAUAAAAGUCACAGUAAAACAAAACAUUCCUGGGAAGGCACUGAUAUAGAAGUUAAAGAAGAAAUACUCUCGGACGUCAAAACAGAUAAAAAGGUAAAAAAAGAGAAAAUUAAAGUAGAAAAUGAUUCUGAUGGUAUUAUUUUAAAAAUCGAAGAGGAGGUUGAUGUCUAUAAUGAACAUAAAACAGAAGCAAAAGAAAAGCGUAAAAAGAAAGAGAAGGAUACUUCAGAAAUGUCAAAUGAAGAUAACACAAACAAAGUGGAACAUAAAGAUGUCGAAACGAAGAAGAAGAAAAAAAAAAGAAAAAUGGAUAAAGAGUCAUCUACAUUUGAACAAGUUGCCACAGAUAAAGAAAUAGAAAUUAAGAAAUCCGAUAGCUUAAAUGAUAAUAAUAUUAAUGAAAUAACAAAAAAGAAGAAAAAACGAAAAACUAAUGAAGACUCGACACCAGAUUCAAAACAAGACAAUGAGAACUCUAUUUAUACUGAGGAACAAGAAAAUAUAAAUGACAAUGAUGUAAAUAUUAAAACAACAAAGAAGAAAAAACGAAAAACGAAUGAGGAAAAUUCCACAGAUGUUAUAAUGAAACAGGAACAUUUAAGUAAAAAAGCAAGAAAAAAAUAUAACAUUGAAAAACAUGAAGAUGAUAGCAAUGAAUAUGAAACAAUUACUAAUAAUACAGUUAUUAAUAAUAAUGAUGAACCUGUUAAACCAAAAAAGAAGAAGAAGAAAGAUAAAACGAAUGAUUUAACUGAAAACGUUCAUGAAAUCAAAGACAAUUCUAACAAUAAAUUAAAUGAUGAAGAUAAAGGUGAAAACUUAAAUAAAAAGAAAAAAAACAAAUCGAAAAAUGUUGAGGAAUCAGAAACAAACGACAUGAAUGAAGUUGACGAAGCACCGAAAAAGAAAAAAAUACGCAAGGCGUUCUAAUUGUAAAUGUUUUUGUUUUUUUAUAUUUUUCUAAACUGUAAUAAAUAACUUGAUUAAAUUGAA